UGACAGCCUGCACGUCUAUAAGUGAUGCUGUCCACAUAUAUACUCUGACUUGGAGGCAGACAGCCACACCACCUGUGGGCUGCGUGCGCGUGAGCUUGGCCACCAGCGCUUGGGUGUCCUCUGGUUUUGAUUUUCUGAAGGAGAAGCCUCUGGAGCAGCAGCCAUGUCGUUAUGUUCUUUGGCCUUCUUCCUCUUCUUGGCUGCUGUUGCUGGUAUCAAGUGCAAUGGGACAGAAGUGUGUGGCGGAAGUCCUGGGAUCCCUGGCACUCCUGGAAACCAUGGCAUGCCUGGCAGAGAUGGGAGAGAUGGUAUCAAAGGUGACCCUGGACUUCCAGGUCCCAUGGGCCCCCCUGGAGGAAUGCCAGGUCUUCCUGGGCGUGAUGGGAUGCCGGGAGCCCCUGGUGCCCCUGGCGAACGUGGAGACAAGGGAGAGCCCGGAGAGAGGGGUCUUCCAGGAUUUCCAGCUUACCAGGAUGAGGAACUGCAGACCGAUCUUCUCGAGAUCAGACAUAAGAUGCAUCAAAUGAUGGGAGUCCUCAGCUUGCAAGGAUCCAUGUUGUCCGUAGGAGAGAAAGUCUUCUCCACCAAUGGACAGUCAGCCAACUUCGAUACCAUUAGAGAGACAUGCACCAGAGCAGGUGGCAGCAUUGCUGUACCAAGGAGCCCAGAGGAGAACGAGGCCAUCUCAAGCAUCGUGACCAAGUACAACAUCUAUGCCUACUUGGGCAUGGUUGAAGACAAGAUCCCUGGAGAGUUCCAAUACCUGGAUGGGACUUCUGUGAACUACACCAACUGGUACCCGGGAGAGCCCAGGGGUACGGGCAAAGAGAAGUGUGUAGAGAUGUAUACAGAUGGGAAAUGGAAUGAUAAGGGCUGCCUGCAGUACCGCCUGGCCAUUUGUGAAUUUUGAUCAAGCAUUUAGAUUAAAAAGAUAAAAUUCCACAUGGUUUUUUAGCCUCUAUCCUGGUGAUCGCCCCUGACCCAUAGGAUGCUACAACUUCCUUUCAACAAUUUUUUUUUGUGACUAUUAGAAUUAGCAAUAUUUGCAGUCAACCCACAUGGGCCCUAAACUUUCUCCACACUCAUUAGCUCAUUUGAGUACAUUAUGAGCAUUCACUCAUGUCAACCUUGGUUUCACGAUGAGAUGGAGGCCUCUUUUUCCUCACCUUGUCCAGUUUCUUCAUUUGUGAGUGGUGUCUCUGAUGUCCCAGCAUGAAAGGGUCCUCUAAACUACACAGCCUGCCCCUUCUAUCCUUCUGCAGGUCACCCUCUUAGUGCCAUAAGAUUUAGAAGUUAAAGUUAAACCUAAAAAUAGACAAAAGGAAUUUCUGGCAAAGCCUGGUGUGUGAAACUAGGCCAUAUUCCCUAUCACCUGCACCCAGGCUUUCCGAUAAAACAUGGUCUCAUAGAUGUUAGGGAGCUAGGUAGGGCCACAGUAUAGUACUGGUGGAACAGUUUCCCUGGUUGACAUGUAUAGUCCCCUCCCUUGGGUCCGGAAGUGCCAAUUUAGACUCUUGACUUAACAGCAGCUACCCUGGAUUUUAAGAGAACUACCCUUUGUACCCAGAUCCUAACUAAGUAGUUGCCUACUAAUGGACACAGCUGCGAUCAUUAACUGCAUUCCGUUUUUCCCCCCUCUUAUGAACCAAAUCAGCUAUUUUUCAACAAUAUUCCAGGUGUUAGGUUAUCUUGGGGAUAACUAUUUCCUUUGAGACUGUUUCAUGAUCUGUGGGAUGAAAAUAAAGUGAUUAUUGCAAUUACUCUACCUACCAAAAUUAUUACCCAUAUCAAUUACUACAACAAGGACUGCUGAUACCAAGUACCUUGACAAACACUGAUAACAUUUGUUAUUAGAUAUAAUUUAAUACAGCUAAUAUAUCUUUACAGAACCAGAUUAGGGGCCACGAGAGCUAAAGAGGUAUCUGGAAUAACAUGACAUCAAUGCUGAUGGCUGAUGUCAAGGUAACUCCAGGUCUGAGCCCAUGUGGUCCACGGUGAGAAGUGAUAGCAUCUUUUCCACCCCUGCUCAGGUAUCUGCUGUGCCAUGGGUGAAGGUGGAAUUCAAGGUGCAGGUUUCUAUGAGUCAUUCCAGUCUCAAAUGCACAAGGUGGAUUAUGUGACCCAUUCUAGUCUCAGCUAUGUGGAAUGGGACCAUGAUCCACACCCCAAGUAGUCA